AUGUCUAAGUCUAAGAUAUUACUUACUGAUAAAUCUAACCCUUGGCUAAAUGGUUAUAGGGAUCCCGUGGCAAAAAUUAAUGCCUUCAAUAAUAAUAUGGAUUUAAUUCCAUUAACAAGAGAUGGAGAGAACAGAUUAAUAGUAGGGGAUUUUGCAACAAAUAAAAUUUUAGGAUAUAAAGGAAUAAAUGUAGAAUUCUAAAUUGAAGUAAAUGAGUAAAUUAUUGCAGUAAGCUCUUUUUAUCCAGAACAAAGUUAAUUUUCAGGUAUUCCAUGCUUGUGUUUUGCUGUUGAUGGAUAUAUAUUUAUUUAUCAAAAUAACUAACCAAGGUACAAAUUCCCUCUCCCUAAAAUCGAAAUACAUCCUAAAGAAUUAGAAGUUUGGUAGUAAUUUUAAGAAGGAUCAAAAGAAGUUUAACUAAAAAUGAUAGAUUAAUGGAAUAAAUUGAGGAAUGAACAAAAUAUAAGUUUAUCAUCAAAAGCUCUUGAUGUUUUAAUUUAAACUAAGGCUAUUAAGUAAUAAGAAUUAAUUAAGUAAUUUUUAUCAGGAGGCAUUGAUAUGUUAAAUUUAGUUGAUACACCUACAUGCUUAACAAAAAUAAAUACUUACCAAGAGGGUGAUUCAGCAAUAUCUUAGUUAGUUAUUGGUACUGAGAAUAAAAAAUUAUAUAUCUUAGACUCUGCUGGUAUGUAGAUUUAAAAAACAUAUGAAAUAGCUAGUGCUCCUACAUCUAUUAUCUGUACAGGCAUAUUACAAGGCGAUAAUAGAAUAAUAAUUACAACAAGAGAUAAUUAAAUAUAAUUUAUUAGAAAUGGGUAACAUGAGCCAAUAAUAAUCGAUCUAUUAUCUAAACCUGUUCAAUCAAUACUUGUCAAUAAUUCAAUAGUAGUUGGAACUAUGAAUGAAACUAUUGCUUGUUACAAUUAUAAGGGUUCAAAACAGUUUAGCUUUAAAGUUAACUCAGGAAUAGUGGCUUUGGAAGGCAUGUAAGCAGGAUCAGCUAAAAAUGCAUUAGGUUAUUUAAUGGGAUUAGAAAACUAAGAACUGAGAAUUUAUGAAGGAAAGCAGUUAGUUCAUAUUUUAAACAUAGAGGGUAUGAUUUAAGGAAUGAAGUUCGGUAUGUUUGGGAGAGAAGACGGUGUUUUAAUUAUGAUUUUAAAGAAUAAAGGAAUAGAUAUUAGAAUUCUACAAAGAGGAUUCAGUUUUUAAAGCUUCAUGAGCUAAAAUGCUUUGCAUAAUGACGAAGAGGAACGCCCAUUAAAAAUAAAAAGAACUAACUUAUUUGUGGAAUAGACUGAAAGAGAAAGAAAUAAUCCUGUUCCUAUUUAUAGAUGUCUAGAAAAAGAUUUACUGAAAUUAAGAUUAAAAACAGCCUAAUCCUAUCUUAAAGUUUUAGAAGAAAACCAAAUAGGCGUUAAUAGUGGAAAUAUUAACACUUCAUCUAACUUACGUAUAUAAGCUGAUAUUUAAGGACUAGGACCUGUUUUUAAGAUUUUAAUGAAGAUUGAAAAUUUGGGAAAUCAAAGUCUUUAAAAUCUUGUAAUGACUUACAUGUACGAUUAAAAAUUAUACAAAAUUGUUAAACCUGUCAACAAUAUUCCAUUUUUAUUGCCACAUGUAAGCUUCCCAGUUAGCACUGAAAUUUUAAGUAUAGAUUAAAACGGUGCUUCUGAUUAAAUAAAAGUGAUCAUCACAGAAAAAAAUAAACAAAUUCCUUUGAUAGGAGCAAUAAUUCAAAUACCAUUAUCAGAAAUAAGGGAAUGA